ACAUGGAGAAGGGAGACUGGAACAAUAGUCAGUAUACUUUCUGUAACGACACGAGUAACAUCUACAGUACUUCUAAAACAAGAAACAGUAAAAUUUGCUGGUCAACCAAAGAUUUUUAAAAUGAGCCGUAGAGGAGGCAGAAACAAUUUGCCUUUGUUUCAUCGGCAAGCAACCGCUUUGAUUAACAGUCGAGCCAUGCGAAACUUUUUAAGCCGGCAGCGUUUUCAAAUUGUUCCUCCGGGAAGAUAUCGCAGAUCAAGGAUAAAUGGGACCAGGCGCUAUGCGUCUGCUAGUCAACGCGAUCGGAAUUCUACUAGUCGAAACAGGGGGAAUUCGCGUAGAAGGAAUGGUCGUCGUCGACGGACCCGUAGAUCCCAGUUACAGGCGGAGUUGCCGGAAAGAAACAUUACAGUUAGUCCUAUGGAUCUGCUCGAGGCUUUCGGUGCAGUUAUUUCAUGGUGCCGUGACCCAACUUCGGUGUUGGUACAGGUCGAAACAGCAGAAGGAAACUUGAAUUUUAUUUUUGCCCAAGAUGAUCAGGACACUGAAGAUGCCAAUGUUCAGGGCUCCGAUGAAAUUGCCGAUGAUCAGGAGACUGAUCAAGAUGCUAAUGAUCAAAAUCCACGACAGGAAGUUCGGGGCCCCAAUGAAAAUACCAAUGAUCAAAAUCCACGUCGGGAAGUUCGGGGCUCCAAUGAAAAUACCAAUAAUCACAAUCCACGACAGGAAGUUCGGGGCUCCAAUGGAAACACCAAUGAUCACAAUCCACGACAGGAUGUUCUGGGCUCCAAUGGAAAUACCAAUGAUCAAAAUCCACGACAGGAAGUUCGGGGCUCCAAUGAAAAUACCAAUGAUCAAAAUCCACGUCGGGAAGUUCGGGGCUCUGACAAUUCCAAUAAUCAAGAUGACCACUAAGAAGAUGAAUAUACCAUUGAUGAAAAUCGGGAAAGUACCUAAGAGUACGAUGACCGACUAAAACCAUUUAUUAAAUCUAUAUAGAUUUGUUCAAUUUGCCACAAAAGCACAUGUAUCGAUUGUACAUUGCAAACAUUUGUAAAAAUAAUGUUGUCUCCCCAAGCAUUACCCAAAUUAACUCUUUGAAAGGAAGAUUAAUACAAUUUGUAAGAAUUGUUAUAAUUUAA